AUGGCAUCAACUCAGCCAAUCUACGGCAUCACAGCCGCACUAAAAACUUACAAAACAGAAGACGUCGACUCGCCCGACCCAGAAGACGAAUGCUACGUAUGCAUGCGUCCCUUCAACGCCGUCGACAACAAAGACGACCCAAACGAGUUCCCAUGCAAGGCCGUAAAACUCCUACCCUGCGGCCACCUCAUCGGCAGCGAGUGUCUAAAGAUCACGACUCUGAAGCUCAACAUGACGACCUGCUCUCUCUGCUCGGCCCCUCUCGCUGUAACAUACGGAAGCCCGAUGAACUACAUCAUGUGCCAUCUCUUGUCGAAUUGCUACACCCAAGCACUGCUCGACCACGCACUGCUCGUUGGAUCUGUACUAGCAAGCCCGCAAGUCGCCAACAUACCCCUGCUAGGACGGUUACACACAGCAAAUGACGAAGAGAAGAUGGCUAUACUUUCGUAUGCCUUCUUCGCACGAGAACUGACAUGGACAGACGGAUUCUCUUUCUGGCUGUACUACAUGAAGCUGGUGUUCGUGUCUUUGUUGGGGUUGACCUUGCUUUUCUUCUCGAUAGGGCUUCUCAUCGGGCUGGAUGACUUCUAUGGCGCUCCCAUUGAGAUGGCAUUCCUCUCCGCUCUGAUAGGCUCUAUGCAUCGCGAUCGACAUGAGUGGGCAGGUCGCUAUGAGACGACACCCUGA